AUGUUCGCCAAGUUGACCGCCCUGGUCAGCGGCAGCGCGGCGUUCGCCUACGAUGUGGGGGAGGCCUUCCCGUCGGGCUGGGGCUCCUGGACGCACCAUCGCGGCACGAUCAAGGAGGACGGAUCGGAGGUGUCCGUCUUCAAGGUGACGGCCCCGUCGUCGGGCGAUGGGAGGCUCGCGGCGGCGCGCCACGGCGUGAAGAGGUUGAGGACGCUGAGGCAUCCGAAUGUGCUGGCGUUCAAAGACACCGUGGAGGUUGAAGAGAAGGGGACCGUCACGCUUUACUUGAUAACCGAGGCAGUGAAGCCGCUGGAGCUUGUCUUGAACGAGCUUAACUUGUCGGGAGAGCAGAGGCAUGAAUACCUAGCCAUGGGGCUCAACCACAUCGCAAGUGCCAUCAGCUUUCUGAACAAUGACUGCAAACUGAUACAUGGCAAUUUGUGCAUGGCCGCAGUGGGGGUCACAGAAAAGUUGGACUGGAAGCUCCAUGGGUUUGACCUCCUUUCUGAGCAUGCCUCGAUUGUGGGCUCUCCACUGCACACAAACAUCUGGAUGGUCAGGAACCAGUACAAACCCGGCGAGCUUGCCAAAGGCGAGUGGGAGGCGGUGCCGCAAAACCCUCCCUGGGCAGUGGACGCCUGGGGCCUUGGCUGCCUGAUCCAGGAGGUGUUUAGUGGGCGCGACCUGCGACAGGCUGAGGACCUGAGGCGAACCGACCCUAUCCCAGAAGCCCUUCUGACAGACUACCAGCGGUUGCUGGGGUCGAAGCCCUCCAAGAGGUUGAACCCAGCAAAGGUGGCCAAGAGCCAGUUCGUGCACAACCAGACAGUGGACGUCGUCAAUUUCUUGGAGAACUUGGCAGUGAAGGAGAGUGUGGAGAAGGACACUUUCUUCAGGAAGCUUCCCAACAUGCUGCCGUCCCUCCCCGCGCCGGUGGCCGAGAGGAAGGUGCUGCCAAUGCUGUCGUCUGCCCUUGAGUAUGGCGGGGCCCCAGCUGUGGCCCUGAGCUGCAUCAUGCAGAUAGGGAAACAGAUGGGCGAGGAGGAAUUUGGGCAGAGGGUGAUCCCUGUCAUAUCGCGCCUCUUCUCCUCCACUGAUAGGGCGAUCCGGCGCAGCCUGUUGGAGAACACAGAUCGCUUCGCGAACCACCUCACCGAAAAAUUGGUGGAGACGGAGAUAUACCCGCAGCUGCAGACAGGCUUUUCGGACAGCAACGCCUACUUGCGCGAGAUGACCCUGAAGAGCAUGCGCAGCCUGGCGCCCAAGCUGAGCCAGCGAACCAUAAACAACAGCCUGCUCAAGUUCCUGGCCAAGCUGCAAGUGGACCAGGAGCCCACGAUACGCGCCAACACGACGGUCCUGCUGGGCAACAUCGCCAAGCUGAUGGGCGAGGCGUCCUGCAAGCGCGUGCUGCUGAACGCCUUCAGCAGGUCUCUGCGCGACACCUUCCCCGGCGCCAAGGUCGCGGGCCUCAGGGCCCUGGCCGCCACCAUCGAGUUCCACGGCCCGGAGGACAUCGCCGCGCGGGUGGUGCCGAUGCUGGGGCCCCUGGCGGUGGACGCCGUCGAGGACGUGCGAUCCGCCGCCCUGGACUGCCUCGACCUGUUCGUCAAGAAGUUGAAGACUAACGCCGCGAACAUGACCAAGUCGGCGUCAGAGCAGGCCGCGGCGGGUGCCGCGGACGGAAGGCAGGAGACCUGGAGCGCCGCGGCGGGCGGGUCGUACCUCAGCUGGGCGGUGUCCUCCCUCGGCCUCAGCAAGACCGGGCAGGCCGACGGCGAGGCCCCUUCGUCGUCGCCCUCCCCCCCCACGUCUUCGUCGGCCGCGACGUCCCCAACGACCCACGCGACAAGCCAGUCGUCGCCCAAGGGCGCCGCCUGGGGCGACGCCGCUGAGUCGCGGGCGGAGGAGAGGGCGGCGGCGAGCCCUCAGGGUGGGCGGGAGGGGUGGGAUGACGACCUUGAGGCGUUUGAGGAGGACGAGGAGGAGGUGGCGGCGAGGGCGAGGCUGUCCAGGGCCGGGGGAUCGAGAUCGACAGGGAGACGGGCGGGGGCGGCGGCGGCGGCAGCGGCAGCGUCUCCGACGGGGGGUUCUGAAGGGUGGGACGACGGCCUGGACAGCGUGUUCGAGGACAUGGGGAUCAACGCGAGCCUGCCAGGGGCAGCGCCGGCCAGGCCGACGCAGAGGAAGGCCGCGGGGGGAAAGAAGGCCAUGAAGCUUGGCGCGCAGAAGUUGAAAGGCAAGGUGGACUUCGGGGACCUGUAG